AUGACCUCACCCUCAAGCGCCGCUAUUGACCAUUCUGUUCGACAACCUGCUUCUCAAGCUUCGGGGGAUACGCAGUCAUCGGCUGCAUCUACUCUUCCAAAUAAUGAUCAGACGGACGAGGGAAGGAAUGGGGAAGCGGGAGUGAAAACGCCAGAAGAAAAAAGGCCUGGAGGGAACCCAACCCUGGAAGAUAACAAGGCGGAUGCAGAUGUGGCAGAGUUAGAUGACUUCGGACUUCCGAUCCCAGUCCGGCCCAAGGCUGCACGUCGGUCAGAAGACGAAUCACCAGAGGAUGACGAAACGAUUCAUGAUAUCGAAGAGACACAGUUACCACCGAAGUGUGAGACUACCUCCUCAGAGAAAGAUAAACCCGCUGCCUCCCACGAUCUUUCCCGUGAGAAUGACAGGCAAAGCACACCCCCACCGGCCUACUCUAGCUUAGAUAUCCACGAUUCUGUCCAACAGUCCUCUCCAACGCAUAAGAGGCAUUCGAGCCUCAAGCCGUCGGAAUGGUCGCACCAGCGACUGAGCGAAAACAAAGAAGCCAAUUUGGAAAGCGAUGAUGAAAGCGACGGCGAAUGGAAAGAAAUGCCCGCCCUGGGCGAAUUCGAUGUCUACGACGACUUUGGGCGAUUGGUUGCUCGUGGCGCCAAAGAAGAGGGGGAUGACGCAGUAUAUCAAGGCCUGGGUGGCGCUGGAAAGGGAUAUACUCGAGUACAACUCGACGAAGACGCGCAGUCGGCGACAAGUUUGGAUCAGGACACAAGCUAUCUCUUCAAGGAAGCCGCCGGCAACUCUGUGGGAGUAGAAGAAGAGCUACGGGACCCGCUCAGUCAACUACAAGCUACUAAAGAUCUUCUGACUGAAAGUCAAAGGAUUGCUUAUGUGGGUGUGACGCGGCUGGAGAUCUACCAGAUGACCCAGGAUUUGGAAAAGAUACCAACAACUAAGGCUUCCCGAAAGGCGAAACAGAAAGCGGCCGACGCCAUGAGGAAAUGGGGUCAGACCGUCAUGGGAAGGAUCUAUACUCAUAUGGAGAUCGAUCCUGCGGAGCAAAUCAUGAUUGAACAAUUGGCUGAGCACGGUGUUCAGCCUGCGGAUCUUGUUCGACCACUGAUGCAAAAUUCUCGGGUCAGAAAUCCAAUGGCGGAUGUGCUCGACUCUCCGAAGGCAUCCAUGUCCUCGAGUGCGUCUCCCGGGUUGAGGGGGAACAGCCGAGCGAGCUUAUCGACCGAACCUGAGGGUACUUCCGAACCGACUUCCCCUCCACCUUACGAAACGCACGAAGAUGACGACCUACCGGAAGUGCGAACCCCGUCACAGAUGCCUACUUCAGCAAAGAUUGACAUUGACCUUCGUUGGACGGUCCUUUGCGACCUAUUUCUCGUUCUUAUCUCGGAUUCGGCCUAUGAUGCCCGAUCCCGAUCCUUACUGGAAAGAGUCGGCAAGUCCAUGGAAGUGUCCUGGCUGCAAAUUGCCCGUUUUGAGAAGCGUGUCAUUGACGCCCUCGAGAUGCAGGAAGCUGCGGAGAAAGAGACCUGGGAUGAGUCUGAGCACAUGGAGAAGCGUCGCAAGAUGGCGCUGAAACGGAAAUAUAUGGUUAUGGGCCUAGCCACUGUUGGGGGAGGAUUGAUCAUCGGUCUCUCCGCUGGUCUGCUAGCUCCGGUCAUCGGCGCUGGUCUUGCUGCAGGCUUCACAACCGUCGGAAUUUCUGGGACCAGCGCUUUCUUAGGGGGAGCUGGUGGGACAGCCUUGAUCGCUUCUGGUGCUACCUUGACAGGAAGUACUAUCGGCUUAAGGGCUUCACACAGACGCACUGGAGCUGUGCAGACUUUUGAGUAUCGUCCUCUCCACAACAACAAGAGGGUCAACUUGAUUGUUGCAAUUUCAGGCUGGAUGACUGGCAAAGUCGAUGACGUUCGGUUGCCGUUCAGUACAGUUGAUCCUAUUAUGGGCGACAUUUAUUCGGUGCUAUGGGAGCCGGAGAUGCUUCAGAGUAUGGGUGCCACCAUCAACAUUUUAGCCACAGAGGCCUUGACUCAGGGUCUGCAACAGGUCUUAGGAAGCACUGUCCUCAUGGCUUUAAUGGCAUCCCUGCAGCUACCUCUUGUUCUCACUAAGUUGUCAUACUUGAUCGAUAAUCCCUGGAAUGUCUCCCUAGCUCGUGCAAACGCGGCAGGGCUAAUUUUGGCGGACUCGUUGAUGGAUCGUAAUCUGGGCAAGAGACCUGUCACUCUACUAGGUUUCUCGCUUGGUGCAAGAGUCAUAUUCUCGUGUCUGAAAGAGCUCGCAGACAAGGGCGCUAGCGGCUUGAUUCAAAAUGUUUACCUUUUCGGGUCUCCGCUCGUGGCAAACAAGGACGAAUUCAUCAAGGCACGCAGCGUUGUCUCCGGCCGGUUUGUGAACGGGUACUCUUCCAAUGACUGGAUUUUGGGAUACCUCUUCCGGGCCACAAGCGGCGGUAUUAUGCGCGUGGCUGGUAUUGCUCCGGUAGAAGGGAUUCCUGGCCUGGAGAACUUCGAUGUCACUAACUUAGUCAAUGGCCACAUGGACUAUCGUGCCGCUAUUCCACGGCUACUCAAGGAAGUUGGGUGGGAAGUUCUCAGCGAGGAGUUUGCUGAAAUCGAAGACCCCGACCCGGAAAAUCAUGGCGAGCGGCAACGAGAGCUAAUCCGCGAAAUUGAUGAGGCUCGUAAAGCCGCAGAAGCUCAACCAGAGAAGAAGCGGUUUGGACUGUUCAAGCGGGGCAAAUUAGCUGAGAAAAAGGGAUGGGAAACGUACGAUGCGAAACGCAGUGACUCGUUUCCGCGAGAAUCCACUGACAGCAACGGAACCGGAACCGUCCUCUUCGAUAUCGAUGCGAUCAGGGCAGAACUCGCCUCGGAGAUGAUUGAGGUCAAGCAGCUGGAGUCUACGCUCCCACCCAUGAAGCUGGAUCUCAAUUCACCAUCAACUCAAUCGUCAGCUGCUGGUACGCCGUCAGAGUACAGAGCUUCCAAAGACGGACACGCCACCCCAUCCGUUCCUCAGACACCAGUUGAAAAUUCCCUGGGCCGAUCGGCCUCUCAAAAGACGCAAUCUCCACCACCCCAUCAGGAGCAGCUCAAUAUGACUUUUGAGACCUCUUACGAUAAUCCUCCGCAACGUUCCCAUUCUUCUUUUGAACCAGCUGCCUACGAUUCAUAUCCGACGAGACCAGCUUUACGAUCCUCUGUGACGAUGCCGACUAGUGUCGGUGCCAGCGCGCUUGGCGUUAUGGCUCUUGAGCCCAAUGCCUGGGCUGAUCAUGAAUUUAGCCAUGGCGAAGAGGGUGAGAUCUCGAUGACCUUCGAGUGA